GCCAAUCUUAAGACUCUACCCGCCUGUGUUUUAUUUAGGGGAUAAGAGUGAUAACAGUAUAUUAUAUUUUACCUGAGAAUCUCCUUUAUCUCAAUAUUUACGCAACUACAUCUUCACCUUUUUCCAAGCGGAGAGUGCUUGUUUUACCUUUGCUCUCUCAACAUUAUCGCAAUCCACGGCCGACGCGAGAGAUAUACGAUACAACGUUCAUGACGGAAAGGUGAUUAACGGAGGAGUAUCUGGAGCUAGGCUGCGAGCCUGCUAGCGCGCAACGGCGGGUAGGGUAGGAGGGAAUCAAAAGAAACGGGGGAGGGCCGUUAGGACCCCCCUCUGGGGUAUUUAUUGCGGAGCGGAACUCAUCGACAGGUGGGAGGGUGGUGUGUUAGUUUGCUCUAUUGCAAAAGUUAAACCCGGAUAUAUUCGAGAACCUCUUCAGCCCUUCGCCCUCCUCGCCCGAACCAUUUACGUUGAACAAUGCGAUAACGACUUUUGGGGACUACGAGUGAAUGAGUGAAUGAACGAAUGAAUGAAGUGCGAUUUGAGAGUUUCGUCACAGUAGACGACGGUGACCUAUUCAACUAUAUCAGCUGCCGGCUGGAAAAAAUCUGCUGCGGCAUCCCGGAAUCUACGCUAGUUGGAUCGAAUAUUGGACGUAAAGUGAGGUUGAGUAGGGUUGUCGAACAGCGCAAUACCUUAACCCAUCCUAAACUUACCUUUCUUUUUGACUUUUAUUGAAUACGACGGGGCUUACGAAACGUGAAGACUAAAUCUGGAAGAAGAGGGGAGGCAGGACUGAAUCAAUGGCAGCUCGUGUGGAAAGCCAGGCGGUGGCAUACAAGAAGAAAGAUGGCUCCCUGACGAUGGCUUCGGACGGGCAAUCGAUUACAUGGGCACCUAAGGGGAGUAGUUCCGGAUUGUCGCCGGUGACGAUUAAAGUUGCGGAUAUUACACACCUCCAACAAACCCCCGCGACAAGUCCGAAAGUCAUGCUGAAGGUAUUCGUACAAGUUUCCAACGCUGGCCCAAGCCCGAGUCCCCACAAAGCCCCGCCUGGUGCCACGGAGCAGUAUAUUUUUUCCUUUACGGCCGGACCAAACGCCCGUGCCGAGGCUGAUGCGAUCAAAGAUGCCCUUAGCGCAACCAUACAAGCAAUAAAGACAGGGCAGGCUCCGGCCAAAGAAGGCGCACCAGCCGCCAUGGCAAUCGCGAAUGCGCUGUCGUCAGUGGCCGGGAAACCUCCGUGGGACGACGAUAACCGGCUAAUCGCGGACGCAGAACUACAGCAAUCCCUCCUAAAAUCCGAUCCGGCACUGCAGAGAGUGUUCAUGGAGACGCUUCGCACAAAAGCCGAAACGGUCAGUAGUGCGCAGUUUGUGUCACAGUUUUGGUCGACGAGAGUGCACCUGCUGCGUGCGCAUGCGAUUGAGAAGUCGCAGACGCGCGGGUCAUAUAACGUACUCUCAACGUUGAAGCCGCGGGUGGAGGAUAACGUGACUAAGCUUAAUAUUAGCAAGGAACAGAUCCAGCUAAUAUUCAGCCAGCAUCCGCUGGUGAAGAAAGUGUAUGAUGAGAAUGUCCCCAAACUAACAGAGCAGCAGUUCUGGUCGCGCUUUUUUCAGAGUCGGUUGUUUAAGAAGCUGCGCGGUGAACGGGUGACGGAAGCGGAUGCGACUGAUCCGAUUCUAGAUAAGUAUCUUAAGGUCGACGAGUAUGCGGGCCGUUCGUGGACGGCGAAUGUGCCGCAUAUUAUUGAUCUUGAGGGGAAUGAGGAGAACCAUAGCCAGAGGCAGGGAAAUAGACCAUACUUCGACAUGAGACCUGCUGAUAUGGAUAAAGUGCCAAUUAUACGGACAUUGAACUCGUUAAGUGAGAAGAUCAUCGCGAAUGUCACGCCGGUUGAUGCUGACCCUUCUGCACCGAUUGGGCUGAGUGAGGAGGCAUAUAAUGAAUUGCAGCUUCGUGAUCUUCGCGGGGAUGAGGAGUUGAAGCGUAUUACAUUGAAUGUGCGCGACCAAAGUCGUUUCUUCACUGGGACAAAACCUACGGAGGAUGAGGAGACACGGGCAUUUGCGCAGCAGGAUCCUCAGGAGGUUCUCCACACGUUACAGAACGACCUAGACUCCACGUUCCCCCCCAAUAAGCGCGGUGACGUUCGACUGGACCGCAUUGUUGAGCCUGAGGAAACCGACAGUGCUGAUGAUAAUGUUAAUGAUACCCCUAACCAACAACAGAGCACGAAAUCAAAACAAGAAAGGGUCGGCUCUAGAGCGGCCCUCGCUGCCGCGUCUUCCCAGAUAUUCUCCGCCAUCCGUGACCGCAAAUCCCAAUUAUCCUCCCCCUCCACGACCUCGCCAGAAACCUGCGGUCUCCCCCCAGCCAUCUUCGACCGCCUGACUCUCACGCACGCCACCACGACCGAAUUCCUACAUCAAUUCUGGCAAGCGUUCUUAUCCGGCAACCCGGACCGGGCAGGCGAAAUCGCGUCCCUAGUCGAGUCGUUGAACCGCGCCAUAGAUCGUAUUAGAGCCGUGGCAGACGAGGCGGAAAAGGAGCGCCAGGGGGAAAUUGAAAGGCUGAAACAGCAUGCGAGGGAAGUCAUGGCGUCGACGGGGAAAAAUAUUCGGCCGAAUUUGAAGGGGGUCGAGGGUGGGGAGAAGACGGUUAAUGCCCUUCUGGAGCCGACGGUGAAGGCACUGGGGAAGGCGUUAGAGGAGUAUAGGAAGGCGUUGGUGCAGGCGCAGCAGGUUCAGGGUCAGGAUGGUACAGCCACGCCAGCAGCCGGGGGAGGGGGAUAGAUGGCAUUUAGAUGGCCAUAUCUUUUUUGUUUAUCUCUGGUUUCUGUACUUUAAUAAGGAGUAUCUAGUUUUCUACUAAGAGCAUGGUAUCGGAAGCUGAAGCGGGUUGAGCGGCAGCGAAAUGGAACGGUAACUAUAUUUUCUUCGCGUCACUUCUCUUAUAUUCUGUAUUAUUUUGUAUUUUACUGGUGGAUAUGUGGAAGGUGUAAAGCUUGCUUGAUUGAAGAGGUUGCUAGCAAGUGCGCCACUUGACCUCGUUAUGUAAGCUGACCUCGCAAAUGUGGCCCGUUGCCACUACCUGACCUCGCUCAAUACAUCUUUUCUUGUUAAUUUGAAACUACUCAAUUAUUUACUAUCA